AUGCUUAAUCAGUCACGAAAUACGCCAGAGCUUUGUCGUAUUCGACGCCCGUUCUCAGCCAAUAGAUUUUUAGAAGAAACCAAGUUUACACAGGCAAUGAAUUCUAAUUUCAUUAUACCUUGUCAGUCACAAAAUAAACCAAAACUUUGUCCAUUCAACGUGUUCGCUGUACCUGCUCUCAAACCAAUAGACCCUUUAGAAGAUGCUAUAGAAACUGUCCAAAAAGAAAAUCAAAGAUAUUGA